AUGUUCAAAGGAUUGAAAUCAAAGUUGGAAGAUGAAGCGAGAAGAUUACAAGCAACAGUAUCACAGUACAGCGAAAAUAUUGCUCAACAAGUACGAUCCGGUGUGAACGAUAUUGGAAAUGACCCGGCUGGGCAAGCGCGGCGAUUGUUCAAUAGUGGUGAGGUGAAAAAUACUUCACUCCAUUCUCCAGAUCUUCUCGGUGAUGAAUCUAGAAAUUAUUUCGAUACAGAACAGCUGAAUGAGCAGAAUCCCAACAGUUCUGCUAUCAUGCAAGAAAUACCGGAACAAGAUUUCAUCGGUGAAUCGCGACAGCGGCGUAAUUCAAGUAGUUCUUUCGAAAGCGAAAGCUCAUUCAGUAAUUUCUUUUCUGCUAUACCGGGGAUAUCAAGUUCCGGUCAUCGACUCAACACAAUAACAUCAGACGUGGAGAGUGAAAGUGUGGCUACCUCAUCCCAGUUUCAAAGUGCUUCGAAAGAGCAGAUUUCAACUGUUCUUCAUAAGUUACAAGGUCGUGCGGCAAGUUACAAGGAUAAAUAUCGAAGACUUAUACAAAUGUACAAUGAAUUAGUGCGGGAGAAUGAAAAGUAUAGGUCUGUGUUAUUAGCCACGCAGGAUAAAGCACUUGAUAGAAUUGGUAAACUGCGAGAAAAAAAUCGAGAACUGAGAGAAAAGGUGCAAGAAAUGGAGCUUGACAGGGAAAACAAGGAGGCCAAAGAAAGCGAAGCGGGAGAAGGUAAGGUGAAGGAAUUACAAGGAUUAGUGGAAAAGUGUCAAUCAAGUAUAAAGGAAAAGAAGGAAAGAAUUCGACAACUAACAGAAGAAAAUGAAAAACUUAAAAAAAACAUUGAGACAUCUAAUGACGAACAUGAAAUCAGCGAUUUGGCAGUCCGACGAGUUACUGCUGAAUGGAAAAGUCGUGUGGAUUGUCUAGAAGAAAAAUGGUCCAAACGCCUUUCUGAUUCCGAAGAAGCCGGUACACUUGCAAUAGCCAAGGUGAAGGCAGAAAUGCAUAGAGCUUUAGAGGAGAAGGACGUUGAAUUGCAGGUAACCCGGACCAGAUGCAAAUCUCUGGAAUUAAGCGGGAUAGAGUUACAAAGGCAAAUUGAUGAGUUGAAGGCAGCUGUGGAUGCAUUGGAAAACGAAAAAGCAGAUAUGGUAAAAAAGUUAUCAGAAGCGAAGCAAGAAGGUGUUAAAGCAGUACGAUGCGAAGAGGAAGAAAAACGGCAAGAGCUGAAAAGGAAAAUGGAGAAAAAACAGGCUGAAGAAAGAGAGGAAGAGGAACGACUUUUUCAAGAAAUGAUUAUGAAAAAUGAUGAACAGUGGGCUUUGAAAUUUAAAGAACAAGAAGAACAGAUGCAGUUGGCCAUCGAGGAACGCGAAAUGCAAAAGGUAGCAGCUGUAAUGGAACACGAUCGAAAGAAUGAGAAUUUGGGCUUUCAACUAGAGCAACUCACCGCAGAGAAGUUACAUCUGAAAUCAGUUUUGGAUGAUAUGAAAGAAAGACAUCGACAACAGAUGGAAGAACUUUGUAUUUCUAUUGAAGCCAGUAAAGAAAGACAUCAGCAGGAAAUAAGUGAAAUCAAAAAUAAAGAAGAAGAGGUUCUAGCUGCGCUCAAGAAAGAUUUCGAGGCAGCUGUGAAAUCAAACAAACAACUGGAAGAUGAACUGAUAGAUUUGAAGAACGGCAAGCAAAACGCAAUGGAAGGAGCUGAAAAUCGAAAUGAAGAACUUCGUCAAGCAGUAGAUCAUUUAAAGAAGCAACAUGCGAAUGAGAUAGAUAUAAUGCGCACGGAGAUGUCAGCAAUGAAAGAGAAUUAUGAAAAAAUUUUAAAUGAAAACGAUGCAAAAUUAAUACAGAAGAACGCUGAAGUGGGAGAAUUGAAACAAGAACUUAUCGAGUUUAGCCAAAGGCUGUCAAUCAAGGAAAAGAAAAUGGAAGAACUUUAUAGCAGUUUGGAGCAAAAAACAGCAACAAUUGUCACUUUGGAAUCGGAGAAAGAUAUUCUGAGUGCUGAAUUAUCUUCUACUCGGGAACUUUCUAAAAUCCAUCAGCAUUUGCAGCAACAGUUAAAAGCAGCUCAAAUGGAGCGUGAUGAAACCGAAAAAAGAUAUUCGGAAAUGGAAGAAAGAGUUCAGAAAGCUGCGCAGGAACUGGAAGUAGAUCGAAGAGUCCUCCAACAAGAAAAGCAGCAAUUAGCAAAGGAGAAGUUAAAUAAGCAUCAUUGGAUUGAAGCAAAGAUGAGCAAAAGUGAAACAGAAGAGAUAACUUACAAUGUGCAGCAGGAUGAAGCAAAAAAGGCGAAGAACGAUCUUGAUGGUAAGAUUACAUUGUUGACUGGUGAAAGUGGGCAACUGAAGAAUCAAGUGGAAAAUCAACAGGUGCAAAUUAGGAAGUUGAGGGAAGAGAAACAAGCGCUGAUUUGGGAAUUGGAACAGCUGAAGAAAAAACCAGAAUCAGAAUCGAAAGAGAAUGAUAUCUUGAGGGAGAUAAAUAUUCCAGAACGAGAUAUGGAAGAAGAUACAUGUUUGAAAUCGGUAAUGGAUGUCCCACAACAAGAUUCGGUUCUGGAAGACGUGGAAUUGAGGGAAUCAUGUGUAUUGGGUAGUGAAGAACUAGCAAGUUUAAAAGUUGGCACUCUUAAGGAGAAAGAUGAAGUACUUGAACAGCUUCGAAAUAAGUUAAAUCUGGUUGAAAAUGAAAAGUCAUCAUUUGUGACCAAUAUAGAAGCACUGAAAAGAAAUCUACAAGAAAUUAUGGAAGAGAAGAAUAACAUGAUAAAGGAGAUGGAAGAUAUUCGUGAUAGCCGGGAUAAUUUAAAGAUAAAAAUGGAAGAAAUGGAAACGAAAGUUCGCGAAACUCUAUACAAAAACGAUUCAGAAGUGGAGAGACUGGAGAAAGAAUUAAGAGAUCAGAUUGGCGAGACAAACAGUCUGCGGAGCGCAGUUGCUAUUGCUGGAAAUGAAAUUAAAGAAACAUUAUCAAAACUAGAUGAAAUGAUAACGAAGAAUGAAGAGUUAGAAGCGACGAAUGAGAAAUUAAGGAUUGAAUUUCUUCAAAAGGAAAAUAUCGUGAGUGAACUACAGAAGAAGAUAAAAGAGCAAAGAGUGAAGGAAAAUGCUGACUUGGAAUCGCUGAAAAAAAGUUUAGAAGAGGAACAAAAACGACAAAUGAUUUUGGAAGAUGAGCUUAUUGAAAUAAAACGAAAUUCGGACAAAAUGAAGAUUGAACUUCAAGAGAGGAAACGCAAUGAGGAAUUCCUCGAAACUGAGCUUAACAAGAAAAAACAAGAGAAAGAAGAAGAACAAAGGAUAAGAGAUCAGUAUGCUAUGGCACUGAAAAAGGCGAACUACAAUUUGGAAGAAGCACAAAAGCAACUGACUGAUUUGAAUCUUAUACGAAUCGAGAAAGAUCGCUUUGUUGCUGAACUUUCCUUAGCUAAAGAAGAUUGCCAAAAGAUCAUACAGCAAUUGAAACAGGAAAAUGAGCAACAAGCAGAGGAAAUAAAAAAGAAAGCGGAGCAGAAAAUGUUGAAAAUGAAGCAAGAGUGUGAAACUGAUGGAAAAGCUGCGAAAGCAGAACUUCUUUUGCAGAUUGAUGAAAUGCGAUCACAAAUAGUUGAAAAAAAUUUGCAAAUUGAAGAGCAGGGAUUAAAUAUUAAUUCCUUGGAACAAAAACUUUUUGAUGAUGAACAAAUCAUAAACGAUUUGCGAGUAAAUAUCCAAGCAAUAUCCAGAGAAAGAGACAUGAAAUUGAAUAGGUGCGUUGAAAUGGAAACUGAACUGAAUUCUAUGCAUGUGGAUGUAGAGGAAACAAAGAAGCAGUUAAAAUUAAAAAGCCAGCAAAUCACGUCUUUACAAGGUGAAUUGGAAAAUAUGAAUGCUCAUAAUACGCGUUUGCGAGAAAGCACUCAAGUUGUUGAGCAAUUGGAGCAAGAACGAAAGGUGCUGUUACAUGAGAAUGAGAAUUUUAAAAAAGAAGUGGAAAGAUUGCGAUUAGAAAUUGUAACUCUGAAAGAAAGUGCAAGUGAGGAGUCAGCGAAAGUUUCAGCGAAAGUGGAAUCAGAGCGACACCGGUUACUGCGUGAUUUGCAAAAAGAAAUCAAACAGUUAUAUCAUGAUUUGAAUGAACGUACACAACAGUUAGAUGAAGCGCAGUCCAAACUGCAGGAAUUAUCAGCCAAAAAAACUGAAAAUGAUGAAAUUGCAAAUAUUUAUACGAAAAAUGGCCACAAAACGGAUGGGCAAACCGAACAUUUAAGGACCAAUUCAGAUUUAAUUGAGCAGACAGAUUAUGAAGAAUUGUGUGCUUUGCGGGAGCAAGUGGCGGAAUACAAGAAACAAUUGAAAAAUACUGAAGAAGCCUAUAAGAAAGAAUUAACACUGUUAUGUGGAAAAGCCUCGUGUAUUGAACAGUUUAACGUUAUUGGUUUGGAGUCAAUCACCAAUGGAUCUAUCGUGAGAAAUAAAGAGGAUCUGAGUGACAGCAGUUCUGUCUUCGCGGAACCUACUGAAGCUGAAUAUUUGAGAAAUGUGUUAUAUCGAUAUAUGAAUGAACGAGAAACACUAGGCAAAGAAAGUGUUACACUGGCUCGAGUGAUUGCGACGGUAGCAAGGUUUACACAUGAGCAAGUGAAUGCAGUAGUGGCGAAAGAGGAGCAGCGGAAUCAUGGUUGGGUUGGAGGUACCGUGCAAGGCCUUAUCUCUUCCGCUGCAAAUCUAUCCUCUCGCUAA